CAUGCGCAGAAGAACAAGCGGGACAAACAAGCUGCUGGCGUACGCGAGUAGAGGAAAAACAUACCUCUCGGAGGCUGAACUGUGGAUGCGGAGAGCCGAGAGCGCCCCAUGGAGGCGGCGCUCAACAACCUGGCGAGCACCGCGGAGCUGUUGGCGGUGGCGACCCUGAGCGGCGAGGUGGAGCGAUGGGAUAAACCAACCGUGUCCAGAGCUUUUCAAUGGGCCGGCUACUGCGAACGUCUUUGCUGCAGGUUCCACAACAACCCCGCGGUAAGGAGGACUGUGGAGAAGCAGCUGCGGGUCACGAAUGAAAGGUUGCGAGCCGCCUUCGCGGGAUACAGUGAGGUCUCCUUCUCGGAUUUCUACCGGUGUCGGCACUUGUUGCUCGUUGGGCUGUUGAAAAAUCCUCAGCUGCCCGUCGCCAUCGCGAAGAUGCUCUUUGACACCGCGGGUCCUGUAGACGCCGAGCGGAAGGAGUGCCAGGAGGUCACCGGCUUCUGCAGCCGCAUCAUUCAAUGCAAAUCCGCCUGUAAGGUCCUGAGUCCUCUCGCUGUCUCGUCAGCAGUUGGUGCUGAUGCUGAGGUGCAGGCGGAGAUGCUGAUGGAGCGGUUGGACGCUCUGCUGAGCCGGGCAGGUGAAACCGAGCACAUUUUAGACUCCGUCCUGCAGGGAUGUGAAGGAGCAGCGGGACAUUUGUGUCUGGUCAUCGCCGCGGCUCUGCUGAGGAAGCGAAACCCGGGGGCACAAAGUGCUUCGCAGGACUUUCUGUUGGACUGGCUGCAGAAAGAACAAACCGUGCUGGAGCACAUGUGCUCCGCUCUGCCCUCUACCCUCAUCAUAGAGCUGACCAAAAAACAGAUGAAAUUUAGAGAUGCCUUCUGCGAUCUGCUGAAAAAGUGGGCGUCUGAUAUGGAGUACAGCAUAAGUGAGGGCGAAUGGAUUCAAACCAGAACAAACCAAACAGUGUCCUUCAACAGACUGACUGAGCACUUUUUGGGCUUGUUUGAGACCUGUCCCUUCGUGAGGGAAGAUGUGGAAAAAGAGCUAAAUGCUUUGAAAAUGUCUGAUGGAGACUUUGAUGUCAGGGGUCUGAGUGUGUGGGGAGAUCUACUGUCAGCCUUAAACAAGUCAGGCUGAUGAUUAUUUACACAAAGAGAGGCCGAAAGUAGUCAAAUGUCUUAUCUGUUCAUAUGGAUGCAAUGUAUGACUAGAGCUGGCUAAUAAACCUCAGUACUUUUUGUUACCAAAGAAACACAGAUUAUUGUAAACUUUGUCAAUGAUAAAUCUCUCAAAAUCCUAUUUUUGUUAUUCGAUAUUCUAUAUCAGUCAACGCUCUUGUAUGGCUGCUUGGGUUCACACCUUGAUAUUCAUUGACAAACAUUUUAAGCAUGCAGAACAUGUCUUAUUUUCAUCUGAUGGAAGUUGUUAAAAAGUGAAAUCUUUUCAGCACUAAUGGGGAUACAAAUGUUAUUUCCGAUGGCAUCAAAGAAUGUUUUUGAACCCUUUAUAAAAAAUUAUUGAUUAAAAUAUUUCAUCCAUGCACCUUGGAAUAGUGGGAUUCGUGGUUUAUCUCAAUACAAUUGUAUAUUUGUUAAAAAUGUGUUAAAAGCUACAUCAAAGUGGAAUGUUGCUUUGAAGCAGCACAUGAUCGGACCCAAUUAAAUUGAAAGUAUAUUUCAGGCAGUGAAAAGUUUACUGAAUAUAUAUCAUUCUGGAUAUUGAAGGCUUUAUUUGGCCCCAUAACUCCCACCACACUAACAAAUGAUGUUAUAGAUGUACUUUUGAAAAUCAUUCUAAAGUUGCUGAUUUACAAGGUCCUAAAAAAAAUGGUUUUAAAGAAAUUGCCCAAAUGAAAAAGGCAUUGU